CAGGCACACUUUGGGGGUCCUUGUGUGUUUAGAGAUGGUGGAGACACGUGAAGAAUGAAAAUCACCCUCCGUAGAGUCUGUAUUUGUAUUGCUCUGAUUUAUUUGGCGUUUUCUGCGUAUGCAACGUAUAUCGUGUUUUUUAAAACGAAAGCGGUUAACCGAAUACAAAGGGUGACGAAGAAAGGCAAGGGGAGUGUACCACAGACUGCAGGACCAAACCAUUUGAAAGAUGUUCUGUCUGUAGAGGAUGGUGAAUGGAAUCCUUGGGAAGAAGAUGAAAAGAAAAGCACACUUUCUCCAAAAGAUCAAAAUGUCAUCCUCAAAAAUAUAAAAGAUUAUCCCUCUGAAAAAAAAGAACAAUAUUUCAAAGUCCAGAUAUGGGGCAAGGCUGCAAUUGGACUUUAUCUCUGGGAACAUAUUUUGGAAGGUCAACUAAAUCCAUCUGACCCAACAGCACAGUGGAGGAUAGGGAAUCUUCAUUUAGGAAAGAUACAUUUCAGCUUUUACACAGGUCCUUCUGUGGUUCCAAAAUAUUUACCUUUGGAUAGUACAUUUGUUGUGCUUGUGUUAAAUGGAAGAGAGGAGCAGAAGAUCUCAUAUGCCAUCCAGUGGCUACAGCAUGUAAAAUCAUUAGUACAGACCCGUAAAAUUCUUCAUGUAGCAGUGGUGCUCCUAGGCAGUGAGCAAUGUAACAAUGACUGGAUUCGUGUCUACCUUCGACAGAAUGGUGGAUUUAUUGACUUGCUAUUCCUGGUUUAUGACAGUCCUUGGGUGAAUGGAAGGGAUAUAUUCCAGUGGCCACUGGGAGUGGCAACAUACAGAGGAUUUCCUAUUGUCUCUCCAGAUAAUCUUUUAUUGAAUUCAGAAAGACCUUAUUUAUGUAAUUUUUUGGGCACAAUCUACAAGAACUCUUCAAGAGAAACUUUACUGAGUGUUAUGAGGGAGAAACAGCUUGAGAAGCACUGCAUUAUAGCUGCAAGAGAAGAGUGGCUUCCUCAGGAGACCAGUGAGAGCUUAAAAAGAUAUCAGAAUUCCUUGAUGAACAGUGACCUUACAUUAUGUCCAGUUGGGAUAAAUACAGAAAGCUACAGAAUUUAUGAGGCUUGCUCGUGUGGAUCUGUUCCUGUUGUAGAAGAUAUCAUGACCCCUGGAAAUUGCGGAAAUUCAGCUCUAAACCAAAAUCCUCCACUGCAGUUACUAAAGUUAAUGAAAGCACCAUUCAUUUUUCUUAAAGAUUGGAGAACACUCCCUGAGGUGUUUGAAAAAGAGAAAAAGAUGAGUUUACAAGCAAAAAAUAUCAGAAGGAAGAAGCUUGUAGAAUGGUACAAUAAUUUCAAACACAAUCUAAAGGAACUUUUUACUGAGAAACUUGAACAGACUGUUUUCUUGAAGGAUUCAAGGUGAUCUUUGUAGAGUAAGGACACAAUCAAGAAUUUAAUAAUUGGGUAUAUUAAAUUACUGCUGAAAUCUUUCUGUGAGAAAAUGCAUAUAUUUUUUCUUUUCCUUUGAGUCUUGUAGUACUGUCAGAUUCAACGGUUUCUGCUAAACAUCAUGUACAAGAAAAGUCUUAUAGACAGGUUAUCAGGGGUUUGUCAGUAUUUUCUUUUUAUAAGGCAUAAGUCAACUUUUUAACUUGCAAGGAAGGCAUUUUAAGUUGUGUUACCACUAAUGAACAAUGACCUACCAGUAUUAUAUACACUGGGGUAUAACUGUGUAAAUUUCAACUUAGAAUUAUAUAUUUGUAUUAAAGUUAGUUUAAUACUA